CUCCAAAAACAAAUCGCAGCCUUCACCAAACAAAACCACUUCAAGCUUGGUACAGCCAGUUGGCAACUCGACAACGGUUGAAUCUGAUAUAUAACAAACCGAAAUCACAUCAGGCACCAUAACAACCACAAGUCACCAAAUAUCAGAAACCAAGCCGUUACAAUGGCCGCCACAGUUCCAGCUCCUUCGCUGAGCUUCUCGCGACCAACCUUCGCCAAGCUCUCGCCUCACCCGUACCUUCUCACGAACCUCACCGACCCCGAAAACCCCUGCCGUACCAACGGUCGCGCCCCGUACGAGGCUCGCCCCGUUCACAUCCACACGUCCUCGCUCGCCCACGCCAACGGUAGCGCACUCGUCCGCACCGGCGACACCACGGUCGUCUGCGGCGUGCGCGCCGAGAUCCUUCCCGUCACCAACAUCCCCCAGUACCGGCCGCGGGAGCCCUCGUACGGCGAAGAAGACAAUGACGACAGCGCCGAUGUCGAUGAGCUAAAGGACUACGACCUCCUGGUUCCCAACAUCGAGCUAGCCACCGGCUGCGCGCCGCAGUUCCUACCCGGCGUGCCGCCCACGACGCUGGCGCAGACGCUUAGCACGCGCAUCUACUCGCUUCUGCACAGCUGCAAGGUGGUGGAUCCCAAGGGCCUGAGGGUGUGGUACACUCCGCCUAAGGAGACUAGGGAGGAGGGCGCGAUGGAGGUGGAUGAGGCACAGGAAGAGGAAGAAGAAGCGGAGGAAAGGAAACCGGAGCUCAAGGCCUACUGGGUCCUCUACAUCGACCUACUAUUCGUCUCCUUCGACGGAAACCCAUUUGACGCAGCCUGGACAGCCGUCAUGGCGGCGCUGCGCGACACGAAGCUGCCGCAGGCGCGGUGGGAUCCAGAUCGCGAGGCGGUGGUGUGCUCGCGGAGCGAGGAGGCGAAGAUGGCGCUGGGUGUGCGUGGACUGCCGGUUGCCUGCACUGCGACGGUGUUCCUGGAGAAGGAGCACGGAGAUGAUUCGGGCACCUCGGCAGAGAGGAAAAGCAGGCACUGGAUCUUGCUGGAUCCGGAUAGGUUGGAGGAGAGCUUGUGCAAGGAGACGGUCACGGUGGUGGUGGACUGCAGCGGGGAAGAGACGAAGGUGAAGAGCAUUGAGAAGCAUGGCGGUACGGUGAUUGGGAGAGAGUUGAUGAGAGGGUUCAUUGGUGUUGCUGAGGGGAGGUGGCAGGAGGUGAAGGAGGCGUCGAAGUAGAGUGUCGGUCUAUGGCAGACAGGCAUCUCGGGCUUGUCCUUUCCACGAGUUUUCACAUGGACGAGCGUCGAAAUGAGAAGAGCAAUGUAACGGAUUUGAUACCCUAGGAUG